UUCUCAUCCGCAUCUGGCAUAAGUUUUAUAAAAAUGCAUAAUCAACAAUACUUUUUUUCAAAAAAUCAUAGGUUUACGCUAUUUGUUAAUAGGUGGCGAAAUAUGUCUUUUAGCUUUGCUGCAAAUCCUCUACAGCAACUGUUUUGAAUGUUUUGAAUGAACUAAGUUGGAUUCAUCCGCUUCACUCACAUGAGUUGUGAUUGACAGUUGAAUUUGAGUUCUCAAUGGUUGCGCUGACCAACAUAAACAGCCUUUGUUCAUUUUAAAAACGUAAACAAUUUUUCACAAGACGACCUUUGCUAGGGAAAAUGCCGUCCUACAGAUGUGUUGUGUGCCAACUAUCGUCGAGAUUCGUUAAGUCGAAAAACCUUUCCAUUUCCUUUCACGGUUUCCCAAGUGAUCCAGACAAAAAACAAGCAUGGAAAGAGUUUUGUGGCACCGACACAGGUGUGGUGUGCUCGGAGCACUUUUCCGACGAUUGCUUUCUUGGCGCGCGCGAAGAAAAGAAUAAACGCCGUCGGCUGGUUAACAGGGCUGUACCCACUUUGCGGUUCCCUGUGACGACUCAUGCAACAAGAAUCCUGUCGACUACCUACUCCCAAGAAAAUGAUCCCUCUUAUUUUGGUGUUCAGCCUACGAAGGAGGACUUUUCUGAGGAAGACUUUUCCCAGUCCUUUGACUACAUGGCAGAAGAAGACAUGUCAGAGGAAGAUGCAGUUUCGGCAAAGGAUGACAUAAUUUCCGAUCUCAGGAGCCAAGUUGCUGAAUAUAAAACACAGCUGGAAGACACGACCAAAAAGUUAAACGAGAUGGAUGAAGCCAUUUUUGACCGAGAUUGUAUCAUCGAGGACCUCCGCAAAAAGCUGGACGAUGUCCAGAAUGGAUUAUUACCCGACCAAAUUAAAAUAGAGAUUAAUGAUUAAGUAUGAAACGAAACAAUUCGCGUUCAGUCCCAUUAAUUGGCAUUCACUGAUUAAGAUUUCUUCAUCUGACUAAAAGCGGUUGAAAAAUUUGUUAAAGAUUAGCGCGCUCAACCCCACUUUUUGUACACGUAGGGCCAUUUCACCUCAAGAUUCACACACACCUUUAGAUGCGAGU